AGUGGACGGGCCUACCAGAAACUCUCCCCUAAACCCUUCUUCGACCUAUCUCCAUCUGUAACCCUAACAAACCCUCGAAAACAUUUCACAAUCAUCAUCAAUGGCGUCUCGAUACCGCUCAAUCUGUAAACCAGCUUCAACAAUCUUCAAAUCCAUGAGAACCCCAUCUCCUAAACCCACUUCAAUUCCAUCUUUCACAACUCAUUCAUCUCCAACGACAUCAUCUCUAACAAGGGCAUUUCGUCGAACAGGUUGUGUGCAAUCUUUGUUGCCGCUACAUACAGCGGUGUCGUCUGCUCGGCUGACGUCUUGUCUUGGGAUUGACUCGAAAGGGUCGAGGUCUUUGUCUCAGGGUAUGCUUUCCAGUGCAAAUCCGGGAGUUUGAUAUUUUCUCUCUUGUGUUUAUCUAGAUGGGUCUCAGCGUGCCUCGAUAAAGAAGGAUCAUGCACGGAAGGCGGCAUUUUGAUUUUACAAGAUUUUUAGCAACAGUUUCGCAUAACGUGGCAAUAGCUUUGCAACAGUUGUCCUCAAAAUUCAUUCUAUAAUAUUAUUGUUUCGUUUUCCAGACUUGUCUUGCUAUAUUUUGUUUGUUGAGUUCGGUUUUUUAUGAAGAUUUAAAAAUGAAACAUACCAUGAUCUUUUUGUUGA